CCUGCUUCCCAGCUUACACUGCUCUCUGUGCCUCUCACUCUUCAAGACACACGCAUGCACGCAAAGGCACUCCAAUCCACUCUGAGGCAGAAGGGGAUAAAAGUCAAUAUUUGAUCAGUGCAGAAAGGCGAGUAAGAAAGGAAAAAGAAAGAAAGAAGAAAAACAAGGAGUGUGUUUUCCUUUUUGUUUAACGUUGCUGUGCAGAAAAAAAAAAUCAGGUUUUGUUUUGACGACUAGGUGAAAGAAACUUUGUUUGAAGCAGGUGGCUAUUGGAUACGCCGCCCUUGAGUUGUCAGAAGUUUCGGAAGAGAUAAGGGAUUUACUUAUUUUCCCUGGUUUUUGCUUGGACUUUGGGAUCAGGAUUGGGAACCUGAGCAUUAAGAGGAGGGACAUGGGGAGAUGGGCUGUAUGUCUCUCUGUGUGGGUGCUGUUUCUCACACUCUACUGGACCACUGCCCAUGCUGAAAAAGUCAAUCGCUGUCAAGCUGCUCAAAACUCCAACUGCUCAGUAUGCAUCCAGACUGGGAAAGGCUGCUCCUACUGUUCUGAUGAGAUCUUUGAUGCUCCACGCUGUGACUUGUAUGACAACCUGAUGGAUAAUGGCUGCAAGCUUAUCAUGAGCGUUCAGAGUGAGAGGGAAAUGAAGGAGUUUAAGCAGAUCAACACCAAGCUGAAGCAGGCACAAGUGGCUCCUCAGCUAAUGAAGAUGCGCCUGGUUCCAGGAGAGGAACAGGAAGUGGAGAUGCAUGUCUUUGAGCCUGCCAGGGGUCCCCUCGACCUUUACAUUCUGAUGGACUUCUCCAACUCCAUGUCUGACGAUUUGGACAACCUGAAGAGGAUGGGGGCUGAGCUGGCUGACCUGGUGGGAAAAUUGUCAGAUGAUUAUACCAUUGGCUUCGGGAAGUUUGUGGACAAAGUCACGGAGCCACAGACCGAUAUGAGGCCUUCAAAACUGGCACAGCCAUGGCCAAAUAGUGAUCCCCCCUUCUCCUUCAAGAAUGUGAUUAAGCUCACCAACAACAUCACAUUCUUCCGUGACAUACUUCAGGGGGAGCGUAUCUCUGGCAACUUGGAUGCCCCAGAAGGAGGAUUUGAUGCCAUAUUACAGGCUGCUGUGUGCCAGGACAACAUUGGCUGGCGACCCCACAGCACCCACCUGCUGGUCUUCUCAACAGAGUCUGCGUUCCACUACGAGGCAGACGGUGCCAACGUGCUGGCUGGCAUCCUGCCUCGCAAUGAUGAAGCCUGUCACCUGACGAAAGAUGGCACCUACACGCAUGACACUUUGCAGGAUUACCCGUCUGUGCCUACGCUAGUGCGGCUGCUGGGCAAGCACAACAUCAUUCCCAUCUUUGCCGUCACCAACCACUCCUACACGUACUAUGAGAAGUUGCAUCACUAUUUUCCUAUUGCUGAACUGGGACAAUUACAAGAAGACUCCUCCAACAUCUUGAGUAUCCUGGAAAGUGCCUUUGAGAAUAUCCGUUCCAAGAUCAGCAUCCGUUCUGAGGACAGACCCAAAGCUGUGGAUGCACAGGUCCUUUCUGCUACUGGCAGUUCGGCUGAAUAUAACACCUUUAAGAUUACACCAGGAAAAACUGGCACCUUCAAGGUGAAGGUGAAAGCUCUCGAGAAAGUCGGCAACCAGCACGUCUGCCAGCUGUCAGAGCAAGACAAAGAGGGAAUAAUGAGAAUCAAACCAACAACAUUCAGCACCGCCUUCAAAAUUGACGCCGGAGUUCUCUGCCAGUCCUGUGACUGCGAGAAGACGCCUAUAAAGAAAGCUGAGAGAUGCACUGGGAAUGGAGAUCUGAUCUGUGGGAAGUGCCAUUGCUAUACAGGCUGGCUGGGGAGUUUCUGUAACUGCUCUACUGGAGCCACAACGGGCAACCAGGGCUGCAUUGGGCCCGACAUGAAGCUGCCCUGUUCAGGCCGCGGGGACUGCCUGUGCGGCAUCUGCGUCUGCGGCUCCACUCAGUAUGAGGGCCCCUUCUGCCAGUACGACAAGACCCAGUGCCAGCGCGUCGGGGGAUUUCUCUGCAAUGAUCGAGGCACCUGCUUCCACGGUCAGUGUGUGUGCGAGGAGGGCUGGGAGGGGUCAGGCUGUGAGUGUCCCAAAAGCAACCAGACCUGCCUGGACUCCAGGGGGGGGAUCUGUAACGGGCGGGGCGAGUGCAAGUGUGGACGUUGUGAAUGCCACGACUCCACAAUGCUUCUGAGCGACAUCUGUGAGGCCAAUGUCGAGGCACAACUGGGAAUAUGUGAAGGCACACGCAGCUGUGCCCAGUGCAAGGCCUGGAAAACAGGAGACAGGAAGGGGGAGGAGUGUAAGGGCUGCCCCUUCAACAUCACCAUGGUGGAUGAACUCCAGAAGAAGGAGGAUGUGAUCGAGACCUGCACUUUCCGAGAUGAGGAAGAUGACUGCACCUACCACUACACCGUGGACUAUGCGGUCCAGCCCAAUGAUGUGAACGAUGUCCAAGUGCUCAAGAAGAAGGACUGCCCCCCAGCAGGCUUCCUGUGGCUCAUCCCCCUCAUCAUGUUCCUCAUGCUGCUACUGGGUCUGCUGCUGCUGUGCUGCUGGAAGUACUGCGCCUGCUGCAAGGCCUGCCUGGCAUUGCUGCCGUGUUGUGGUCGAGGCCGUAUGGUGGGCUUCAAAGAGGACCAGUACAUGCUGCGUCAGUCUGCCCUGACUUCCAAUGAUCUGGACACGCCCCUGGUGCGCACUGGCCCCCUCAAGGGCACUGACGUGGUGCGCUGGAAGAUCACUGACAAUGUUCACCGCUCGCCCAACCACCCGCUGGCCCAGAUCACGCCCAACCCCAAGGAAAUCCUCCCACACCCUAUCUCUCUGCGACUGAAUCGUGCGUUCACCGAAAACCUGUCCCGCCCUGAAACCCUUGAUACUGACAUGCUCCGCAGGGAGGUGGACGACAGUCUUAAUGACAUCUACAAGCAGAUCCCUGGUGCUCAGAAGGUUCAAAAGACCAAAUUCAGGACCCAGCCCAAUGCUGGAAAAAGGCAGAACAACACCAUUGUGGACACAGUUCUUUCAGCACCCCGCUCCACGUACCCUGACAUUGUCAAACUGACUGAGAAGCAGGUCCAAGCCGCUAACUUUGGGGACCUGAAAGUUGUUCCCGGCUACUACACUGUGGCCACAGACAGAGAGGCAACAGGAGCCGUGGAGAUGCAGGAGGGCGUAGAGUUGGUGGACGUACGCGUGCCUCUCUUCGUCAAGGAUGAAGAUGACGAUAAGAAGCAGCUGAAGGUGGAGGCCUUGGACGUUCCCCUGGGCAUUGCUGAGAUCGGCCGCCGCUUUGUCGACAUCACUAUAAUCAAGGAGCACGCAAAGAGUGUCCUGACCUUCCUGCAGCCUUCCUACACCUAUAGCCGGCUGGAUGGGGUGGCAAACAUCCCCAUCAACCGUGAGAUCAUCGAGGAUGGGCGCACGCAGGUCACGUAUCGUACCCGUGACCUCACUGCCAGGGAUAAUAAGGACUAUAUUGGAGUGGAAGGAGAUCUGACCUAUCAGCCAGGGGAGACCCAGAAGACCGUGCCCGUGAAGCUUCUGGAACUGGGCGAGGAUGACUCCCUCCUGGGCGAAAAGCAGGUCAAGCAGUUUGUGAUGGACCUGAGCAAUCCGCGACAGGGCGCCAAGCUGGGAAAAUACCCCCGCACCACAGUCACCAUCACUGACAUGCCAGAGCCCAGUGUGGUGAUGUUUAAGAAGGGCACGCAGAACUACACAACCUUUGACCCCAGCUACUCCGUCCCCGUUGUGCGGACGCGCAACCAGGAAAGCCCAGCCACCGUUCAUUGGCGUACCCGCAAGUCCUCACGCUUCGACCUGUCGGGCAUUCUCAAGUUUGCCCCUGGUGAGACAGAGAAGAACGUGGUAAUUGACCCACAAGCCUAUCCCAGCCCUAUCAAGCCGGAAACCUUCCACCUGGAGCUGUUUGACCCGAGCAGCAAUGCCACCAUUGGGGAGAGGAAGACCACCCUCAUCAAUGUCACUGACCGUGGGGACAACGCCAUGCAGACGAUGGGGUUCGUCAGCCAAGUUGCCCAGUCACCUGGGGGACGGCUUUUAGCCCCAGGUAACAUCAAAGCCACUGCCACAGGACCCAAAAAUAUCCGUCUCAACUGGGCUGUUCCAUCUGGCAACCCCCUUGGCUACAAAGUAAAGUACUGGAUCCAAGGAGACCCCGAGGCAGAUGCCCAAGUGAUCGAUUGCAAGAACCCACAGGCUGAGCUGACCAACCUCUACCCAUAUUGUGACUAUGAGAUGCGUGUGUGUGCCUACAAUGCACUGGGCGAUGGCCACUACAGUAAUGUGGUUCACUGUCAGACAAAAGAGGACGUUCCCAGCGAGCCAGGGCGUCUGGCCUUCAAUGUAAUCAGUCCAACUGUCACUCAACUGAGUUGGGCCGAGCCAGCUGAGACCAAUGGCCUCAUCACUGCCUAUGAAGUCACUUACACACCCAUUGAUGAGGAUGGCAAACCCACAGGUCAGACAAAGAAAGUGAAGAUUGACAACCCCAAGAAGCGCAUGCUGUUGAUUGAAAACCUGCAGCCCUCACAGACAUACAUCUAUAAUGUCCGUGCUUGCAACAGUAUUGGCUGGGGGCCGCACAGAGAUGCCACCAUUAACCUGGCCACACAGCCUAACAGGCCCAUGUCCAUUCCGAUCAUUCCUGACAUCCCCAUCGUUGAUGCGGAAGCAGGUGACGACUAUGAAAGCUACCUGAUGUACAGCAAUGAGGUCUUGCGUUCCCCAGGUGACAGCAAGAGGCCCAGUGUGGCUGAUGAAGAUCAGUUCAUGAAUGGGAGAUGGGAUCAGAGUUUCUUGUACCCCGGAGCCUCAAGUUCAAUGACGCGCAACAUUUCAUCCUCCAGCCACACCCAGGUCUCCCCCCUCUCCCAGCUUAGCCCCAGCUAUCACGGAGCAGGGGGCAGCAUGAACAUAAAUACCACCACCACUUACUUAUCUGGACAAGGGAAACCCAUCUCAAGCAAACAGGGAGUGACGAAAGUCGGUGGGUUGCGCACGGAGGAAGUGGUGAUGAGGAAACGCUCUGAGAGGGGUUACUAUGACAGUGAUGGUGUGCGAGACUCCAUCGUAAUGGCGGACAUACCUGAGUUCCCAGACAGUCUAGGUGUGUCUGGCUACAGCAAGACGCUGGUGAACUACAGCGUGGGUCAGAGCGGCAGGGCGCGCACGCAGUCUGAAGACGUCAACGACGCACUGCAGAACCUGGAUAGGGUGCUCCAGGACCCCAGGCUGACCCCAGGAGUCCCAGACACACCCACUCGGCUGGUGUUCUCUGCCCUGGGACCUACUGCCCUCAAAGUCAGUUGGCAGGAGCCUCAUUGUGAAAGAGAUGUCCUGGGCUACUGCGUCCUUUACCAACUGCUCAGUGGAGGUGAGGUGAAGCGUAUCGAGGUGCCCAGCACUGCAGGGAACUCUGUGGUGGUAAAAGACCUCCUGCCCAAUCACUCCUACAUCUUCAAGGUCAAAGCACAGAGCCAGGAAGGCUGGGGUCCCGAAAGAGAGGGCGUGAUCACAAUUGAAUCUGCCGUGGAUCCCAAGAGUCCCCUCAGCCCUGUGCCAGGAUCCCCGUUCACCCUCAGCACCCCCAGUGCCCCCGGUCCCCUGGUGUUCACUGCCCUCAGCCCCGAGGCUCUGCAGCUCAGCUGGGACAAACCACGCAAGCCCAACGGGGACAUCCUGGGCUACAUGGUCACCUGCGAACAACUGCAUGGGGGAGGUGAUGUCCGCUCCUUCCAGGUGAGCGGAGACAACGCAGAGACCAGCCUGACUGUGUCUGACCUGACUGAGAAUGUGCCCUAUAAGUUUAAAGUCCAGGCCAGAACCACACAGGGCUUCGGUCCUGAGAGAGAGGGCAUCAUCACCAUCGAGUCCCAGGAUGGAGGUAACUUGUCCCAAUUCAGCAGUCAGGCAAUGACAAGGAGAGACGUGUUCCAUCUUCCAGGAGAGAUCAGUACUCGUACCAAUGUCACUCACACCACAUUUGACGACCCCUUUUUAACAGAUGGAAUGAUGAUGUCCACGCAGCACACAGAGACCAGGGGCACAGUGACCCGACAUGUCACCAAAGAGGUGGUGAGCAGGGGCGUUGUGUCAGGAACCAGCAUGACCAAAAUGGUGGAGAAGUUCUACGAGGCCUGAGGACUCCGAGCCCUCCAGAGUGAAGAGCGAACCUACGGCCUCUGCAGCAGAUCAUUACCAGCCGUCUCUCCCGAGGAAGGAGGGGGAGGGGGAAUCUCCGAAAUUUACCUCCUCAGUCCUCUCUGUCUGUUACACCCAGAGGAAACCUUGGCAUUGCCCCCCUGCUCUGGGAUUUCUCUUCAUAUCUCACCGUUACUUAUAUUUCUGUCUUCUCUAAUGGGGGUGUGGGGGAAACAUUUGCAUGAGUUCUAUUACUCUCAAAAAGAGCUUCCUUCAAGGGUAAUGUUUGACCCUGGAUUUGUAAUGGGCCGUUACUCAGUCUCGCUGAGGCACUGGAUUAGCCUGUCCAGGUUAUGAGACGGGUCACUCUGACACUGCCCUUGUGAGAUUAGCUGUGUGGCGGAGCCCUGGAGGUGGAGGACCUAUCAGGCAGACGCAGAAAGCGAGGUCCUGAGCUGGAGGAGUUCCAAAAAUACAACACUGGAGAGGGCCUCUUCAGAGUUAUUACCUCCCAACAUCACAGUGAUUCAUGUUUUAAUUUCUAGCUGUGCUGCAGUCUCUGCUCAGUGAUCCUGUAAGGAUAGCCAUUAAAACGUACCCUGAUUUCAGUCUCUCUGAAGCCGUCUGAAAUGAAAGACAGAAGUCCCUUUUGAUCCAUUUAAAACCGAAGCUGCCUUUACCACCGUAAGUCCCAAUUCUCAUACCAAAUAACUCAGCUGGCUAUUUAGAAUUAUAACUAGAUGCUUUUUUAGAAUGGAAUAUUGCAGUGUUUCUGACUGUUGCAUUAUACAAUUAAAAAAUUUAUUUUUCUAAAUUCUUGAAUGACGUCUCAGAAAAGGGAAUUUUAUAGCUCUUAAUUUUUUUUUGUAUAUAAGUAUGACAUUUUUAAUUAUGUUAAGUAAAGCUUGGGGGCCAUGCAUCCUUGUGAAAUACUGUUUGUAUUUACUUUGAUUGACUAUUUUACAUUGUCUAUAUUGUCAGUGUUCUCCUGGGAUAUUUAAGUGGAGUAGUUCUGAAAUCAAUAUGUUGUAACUGAUACAGCAUUCUGCCAAUUGCCAAUGCAGUAGUGCAGAUUCACAAGAUAAAAUUGCACAUUCACACUUUUAACCAGCAUGUUGGUUAAGUAUCAUUGCUUUAGCAAAAAUAUCUAUAUAUCCAUAUAUAUUCUGACGAAAGAUUGUAUUUUCAUGACACAUAUGGCUACAUUGCUUUCUGUUACUCUGCUAAAGACACUAACUGCCAAAAACCUUCAGUAUGCUCAACAUUUUAAAAAAACACAGAGGAAGACCCAUUUCUGAAUGUCAUAUAGUAAAAGUAUAUAGGCAAGUUAGCAGCAGUCUGCAUUUGACUUAAGUUGUGUUUGCUAUCCCACCAACAUUUCACUUGAAUACCAAAAACCCAAGGGUAAAACAUGUAUUAUUUUAUUUUAAUUUGCAAUAAAAUACAGUUAUAAUUGAUUUUGUACACUGAAAUAUCUACAUAUUCUCUUCUGUGAAUUUGGUUUUUAUUAAGCAUGUCAAAUAUAUUGCACUUGUAAUAAAAACGAUUGUGUGCUUUUAACAAGA